AUGUUCCCGCUUUGGAGCUUCCUUCUACACCUCUUCCUCGUUGCAGCAAUGGCAAUGCAACCGACGGAGGCAGCCACCGUCGGCGGAGCACUACCGGGAUGCCCGGACCGAUGCGGCAAUAUCACCGUCCCCUACCCGUUCGGCAUCGCAUCGGACUGCUACAGACGGGGAUUCAGAAUGACAUGCAACAACUCCCACAGCCCGCCAAAGCUUUUCCUGAGCAAUAACAUGGCCGUAUCGGAGAUAAGGGACGCCGACCUCGUGGUGGAGGCACCCAUAGCUAGGAACUGUUACAAGCCUUUCAAUCUCGGCCCGAAUGUGGAGCAGACCUCCGUCGACGUUACCGGGACGCCCUACACCUUGUCCUACAGCCGGAACAAGUUCACCGCCCUCGGCUGUGACACCGUCGCACUCAACUUCCAGGGAAGUAACAUAUACGAUUACAGCAGUGGGUGUGUGUCCUUCUGCAACGACCCUUCCACCAUCAACAACGGGACCUGUGAAGGCAUCGGGUGCUGCCAGACCUCCAUACCUAGGGGGCUCCAGCAGCUGGGUACCGUACUACAGACUCUGAGGAACCACACGGUCACUUUCAACGUCAGCCCCUGUAGCUAUGCCUUCCUGGUGGACCAGGACAGCUUUGCCUUCCAAUUGACGGAUCUGUACAACUUCGCGAGGAAGAGUACGGUCCCGGUGGUGCUCGACUGGGCCAUCGGAAGCCAGCCAUGCGAUGUGGCGGCGCAAUCGUCGAACUACGCCUGUGGCUCUAACAGCUACUGCUUCAACGCCCCCAACAGCCACGGCUACGGCUGCCGCUGCAACAACGGCUACCAGGAGAACCCCUAUCUCCCGAAUGGGUGUCAAGGUAGACGAUCAAAGAAGAGAGGGCACUCCGGGGCAGGGAAAUGGUGGAAUCAAGACCGAGCCGCUUAGCUGUUCUUCGUGGAUCAUUUGAUUCUAUUUCUCUACAUUUCCCGCAGAUAUCGACGAGUGCGCGGAUCCCUCCACCAACCCGUGCUCGCAUAUAUGCACAAAUUACCCAGGUGAUUACGCCUGCUCUUGCCCCAGAGGAACCACGGGCAACGGCAAGAAGUCAGGAACCGGGUGCAUCCACUCCAGGAAGUUGCCUCUGGUUCAGAUUGUUCUCGGUUAGCACCUCACAAGUCGACGUUGGCGACAACAUACUUGAUUUUCGAACGGUAAUCGUGAUCCUGAACUUCAUCCUGACCAUGAUGCAGGCAUCGGCCUGGGCUCUGCAUUCUUAAUCGCGAUCGCUUCGUGGGGAUACUGGGCACUCAAGAAGAGGAGAAUGAUUCUACUGAGAGAGAACUUCUUCAAACAAAACGGGGGCCUCAUGCUGCAGCAGCGGAUCUCGUCCCAUGGAAGCGCAGCCGAGAGAGCGACGAUCUUCAGCGCUAAGGAGUUGGAGAGGGCCACCGACAACUACAGCCAGAGCCGGAUCCUGGGAAAGGGAGGCUACGGCACUGUUUACAAAGGGAUCCUUCCGGACAAGAAAAUGGUUGCCAUUAAGAAGUCCAAGGUAGUGGACGAGACCCAAGUGGAGCAGUUCAUCAACGAGGUGGUCGUCCUCUCCCAGGUCAUCCACCGGAACGUCGUCAAGAUUCUGGGCUGCUGCUUGGAGACCCAAGUCCCUCUUCUGGUCUACGAAUACGUCCCCAACGGAACCCUCACCCACCACCUUCACGGGGACGAUCAUGUCUCUACCCUCUCCUGGGAGAUCCGCCUGCGGAUCGCGGCAGAGACCGCCGGCGCUCUGGCCUAUCUCCAUUCUGCGACGACCUGGCCCAUCGUCCACCGUGAUGUGAAGACGGCCAACAUUCUCCUCGACGACGACUACACCGCCAAAGUGUCGGACUUCGGGGCGUCCAGGCUGAUCCCUCUGGGGAGGGGCCAGGUCACCACUUUGGUGCAGGGGACGAUGGGGUACCUGGACCCGGAGUACUUCCAGACGGGACUGCUGACGGAGAAGAGCGACGUCUACAGCUUCGGGGUAGUUCUGGCGGAGCUCCUGACGGGUGAAAAGCCUCUGUCUCAGACGAGGUCCAAUGAAGAGCAGAACCUGGCCAUUUAUUUCCUCCACGCCGUGAGACGCAAUCAGCUGUUCAACAUACUGGAGCCUCGCAUCCGCAAGGAGGCAAGCAGGGAGCAGCUCGAAGCGGUGGCGAGGGUGACAGAGAGGUGCCUGAGCCUAAGGGGAGAGGAGCGGCCGACCAUGAAGGAAGUGGCGGCGGACCUGGAGCGGCUGCGGGUGUCUCCUUCGCACCCUUGGGCAGCGGCACCUCCGGAUCGUUCAGCGCCCGCUUCACACGCGUCGGCGAGAGGCGGCAUCUCGGAGGAGGAGAGCUCACUUAGGGAAGACUAUUCGACGGCCUAUUAUACCGCAAAGAUUGUCUGA